UGCAUUACAAUGUGAAGAGCAGUUCCUAGUUCUGUCGAUAGGUGGCAGUAAUAUUUUAGACGUCACGUUGAGUCCGAGAACAAUAUCGACCCUAACAGGACUCCGUAGUUUCAGCAAAACGAUAACAUGGCGUCGGUGUGGUCUGCAAGAGUAUCCGCUCUGCUGAGGCCGCUGUCCGCCUCCCUGUGUGCCCGAACUCCACAGAUCUGUAAACUGUCCAGCUCCAUCAAACCCCCGGCUCCCAUUAACCUCCUUCCAGCUGCUGCCCGCCCUUCUAUUUCGGUCUCAGCGUUUCAGACUCAGCGAUUCAACAUUUUCAAGCGUGUGACACCUCUUGUUCCAAGUCUGAUGCUGCAGCCAAGCAGAAGUCUCACUUACUUCAGCGUGAAAAAGGGCAAAAGAAAGAGUGUCAAAUCAGUGACUCAGCGGUUCAUGCGGCUGCAUUGCGGUCUUUGGAUCCGACGCAAGGCUGGAUACAAGAAAAAACUGUGGAAGAAGUUGCCUGCCAGACGAAAACGCCUGAGGGAAAUUGUAUUUUGUAACAACACUCAGUCCAAAUUGUUAGAUAAAAUGACAACUUCUUUUUGGAAAAGAAGAAACUGGUACGUUAACGACCCAUACAUGAAGUACCACGAUCGGGUCAACCUCAAACUCUGAAUUGCAGAUUUGUGUUAUGUCUAAACAUUGAUGCUAUAAAGACUGUAUAAAAACA